GCCGUAGUUGGGGUCCCUGCUCCAGUGUCCCUGCCCCUCCCUCUGUGGGGCAGUCGUGGGCCAUGUGGCCCCAGCUCUCCAGGCUUGGCCCCACCUCCUCCAUCCCUCCCUCCCAGCCUCCACUCUCCGCCCUCCCGUGGGCUGGAGCCACAGCCAAGCUCUACUCUUGCCAGGGCAGGGCCGCGUCACCACCCGCUGCCAGGGAGGCUGGGACGCAGAGCCCAGCCAGCUUUCCUUGGUGGGCACCCUCAUCGAGGGCUGGUGGAGCCCCUUGCUCCCCACUCCCUGCUCCCAGCUGGCGGCCCCUCGUCCACUGGCCCCCACUGAGGGGGGUCCAGGACGGAGGGAAGACGAUAAUGGAGAUGAGUAACCCGAAGCCCCAAGAGGAGACGUCACCUGCCCAAGGGCAUUUCUAGCACAGCCAGCAUCAAAUCAGGCCUGCCGGAGGAACCGAGUCUGCGCCCUCGGGUGCCCCGAGCCUCGGAGCCAUGUUUGGGAAGAAGAAGAAGCGGGUGGAGAUCUCGGCGCCGUCCAACUUCGAGCACCGCGUGCACACGGGCUUCGACCAGCACGAGCAGAAGUUCACGGGGCUGCCCCGCCAGUGGCAGAGCCUCAUCGAGGAGUCGGCCCGCCGGCCCAAGCCCCUCGUCGACCCUGGCUGCAUCACCUCCAUCCAGCCCGGGGCCCCCAAGACCAUCGUGCGGGGCAGCAAAGGCGCCAAGGAUGGGGCCCUCACCCUGCUGCUUGAUGAGUUCGAGAACAUGUCGGUGACCCGCUCCAACUCCCUGCGGAGAGACAGCCCGCCGCCGCCCACCCGGGCCCGCCAGCAGAACGGGAUGCCCGUGGAGCAGGCCACCACAGCCGGAGGGGGCCCGGAGAGAGCGGGCCACGGCCGGGUGGCUGGGCGCAGCGAGGGGGGUGGCGGCAGUGGCGACAGGCGGCGGGCGGGGCCGGAGAAGAGGCCCAAGUCUUCCAGGGAGGGCUCAGGGGCGCCCCAGGAGUCUUCCCGGGACAAACGCCCCCUCUCCGGGCCCGACGUCAGCGCCCCCCAGCCUGCCGGUCUGGCCAGUGGGGCGAAAGUGGCAGCUGGCCGGCCCUUUAACACGUACCCGAGGGCUGACACGGACCACCCAUCCCGGGGCACCCAGGGGGACCCUCACAACCUGGCCCCCAAUGGGCCCUCAGCGGGGAGCCUGGCUGUCCCCCAGUCCUCUUCCCGGCCUCCCGCCCGAGCCCGCGGCCCCCCCAGCCCUGGGGUGCUGGGCCCCCACGCCUCCGAGCCCCAGCUGGCCCCCGCGGCCCGCACCCUCGCGGCCCCUGCCGCCGCCCCCGGCCCCCCCGGCCCCCGCUCGCCUCAGCGGGAACCCCAGCGAGUAUCCCACGAGCAGUUCCGGGCUGCCCUGCAGCUGGUGGUGGACCCUGGGGACCCUCGCUCCUACCUGGACAACUUCAUCAAGAUCGGCGAGGGCUCCACGGGCAUCGUGUGCAUUGCUACCGUGCGCAGCUCGGGCCGGCUGGUGGCCGUCAAGAAGAUGGACCUGCGCAAGCAGCAGAGGCGCGAGCUGCUCUUCAAUGAGGUGGUGAUCAUGCGGGACUACCAGCACGAGAACGUGGUGGAGAUGUACAACAGCUACCUGGUGGGCGACGAGCUCUGGGUGGUGAUGGAGUUCCUGGAGGGAGGCGCCCUCACCGACAUCGUCACCCACACCAGGAUGAACGAGGAGCAGAUCGCCGCCGUGUGCCUGGCCGUGCUGCAGGCCUUGUCUGUGCUCCACGCCCAGGGCGUCAUCCACCGGGACAUCAAGAGCGACUCCAUUCUGCUGACCCACGACGGCCGGGUGAAGCUGUCAGACUUCGGGUUCUGUGCCCAGGUGAGCAAGGAGGUGCCACGGAGAAAGUCACUGGUCGGCACGCCCUACUGGAUGGCCCCGGAGCUCAUCUCCCGCCUUCCCUACGGGCCAGAGGUGGACAUCUGGUCUCUGGGGGUGAUGGUGAUUGAGAUGGUGGACGGGGAGCCCCCCUACUUCAACGAGCCACCCCUCAAAGCCAUGAAGAUGAUUCGGGACAACCUGCCGCCCCGACUGAAGAACCUGCACAAGGUGUCGCCAUCUCUGAAGGGCUUCCUGGACCGCCUGCUGGUGCGCGACCCCGCGCAGCGGGCCACGGCAGCCGAGCUGCUGAAGCACCCGUUCCUGGCCAAAGCGGGCCCGCCCGCCAGCAUCGUGCCACUCAUGCGCCAGAACCGCACCAGAUGAGGCCGGCGCCCCGGCCUGAACCAAAGAGCCCCUGCGGGCCCCUGCCCCGCCGGAGGCCAGUGGGGGCACCGUCCUCCAGCCUGGGAGACACUCCAUGCGCCGCCCUCCUGCCAGGGGGAUGUGCCAGACCCUACUACUGAACUCCAGUUUGGAUUUUGUGACCUUUCAAAAAACACAGGGACUCGUGGGAGCAGUGAGGCUCCCAGGACCCCCCACCCUGGGGACAGGCCCUCCCUGUUUCCUGUCCCCAGGAAGGCUGGGCGGCCCUCCCAUCACUGGAAGUCUGCAGUGGGAGCCGCUGGGGGUGCAGAGAACACUAUGAAAGAGGUGUGUGUGCCUGCACGCUGUGUGUGUGUGUGUGUGUGUGUGCGUGCGCGCGUGCCCAUGUGUGGAAGGCCCAGCUCCUCUGUCCUGCGGCCUGCGUGGGCCUCUCUGAGACCUUGCCUGACAUACAGCCCCUCCCCCUGAGCCGGUGCGGGGGUCGAUCAUGAAUGUCUGAAGUGUGGCCUUCUCCCCCCCGCAUCCCCCCCUGCGGCUGGCUGGGGAGGCAGGAGUUGGGGCUUCCCGCCCACCCCAGCCUCCGCGGAAAACGACUACUGCACCUGGACAGCCUCUUUUCUAGAAGUCUAUUUAUAUUGUCAUUUUAUAACACUAGCCCCCGCCCCCACCUGGGGACAGAUGGUCCCUGUCCUGCGGGGUGGCACCGGGACCAAACCACUGCUCGAAGAAUCAGGUUCCUGCACCCCCCCUCCCACCCCGGUGCAGCCCCGCCUCCCCGCCCUCAAGUUAGUUUUACAAUUAAAACAUUUUCUUGUUUCGUGUGG